ACGCUGCGCGCGCCGCCGCAUCGAGCGCGCCGCGACCGCACGUCAUCCAGUUGUCAGCCGGCCGCCGCACACGGUGGUCCCGUCGCAGUCGAGUCGAGCCGAGUAACGUGCGCGGAGUUCUCACCAUGGCCCUGCUGCGCCGCCUGGCCACCAACGCGCCCCGCGGGCUCCGGGCGCUCUCGACGCCGCCGCCCCGCACCACCGACGACCUCGACCUCACCUUUAACAGCCCGCGCGACGCCUUCAAGAGCAAGAAGACCAGCGAACUGGUGCGGGCCUAUCUCGUCUACCAAAUAUGUUCGAUCAACUGGAUCGUCGAGAACAACGACAUGUUGAUGAAGCGGCUGCGGCAGGUGGUGGGCCAGCGAAUGUUCGAGGCCAUCAUGAAGGCCACAUUCUACGGACAGUUCGUUGCCGGCGAGGACCAGAACAAGAUACGACCCACCAUUGAAAGGCUGCGCUCAUUCGGAGUAAAGUCCAUCUUGGAUUACUCCGUGGAGGAGGACCUAUCGCAGGAGGAGGCGGAGAAGAGAGAAGUGAGCGCGUCGAUAUCCGCGUGCGGCGACGCGGCGGAGGAGGGCCAGCUGCGGCAGUACCACGUGGAGCAGCGCUUCGCAGACCGUCGUUACAAGGUCACCAGCGCGCGCACCUAUUUCUACCUCAAUGAGGCCUCCUGCGAGAAGAACAUGGAGCACUUCCUGCGGAGCAUUGAGGCCGUCGCCGGUAUCACCAAAAGCACGGGUCUGAUGGCCAUCAAACUCACCGCUUUAGGAAGGCCCCAGUUACUUCUCCAGCUGUCGGAGGUGAUAAUGCGCGCCCGUAACUACAUGCAGCAGAUCGCGGGCGGCACGGGCAACGUCCUCACACACCACAAGACCAUCGAGGACUUCCAGCGCUACUUCGGCGACCACGGCAACAAGCCCGAGGUGCAGGAGUUCAUGCGGAAGAUCACCUCGGACAAGGAGGGCGUGCUGCACAUAUUCCCGUGGGACCGCAUCGUGCACCUGUUCCCGUGGUCCAACAUCCUGGACAAGGACAUGAACCUGUCGGACUCGUUCCGGGUGCCGGACCCCAAGACCGGGCAGAUGCGGCGCCUCAUCUCGCAGAUCUCGCCCAAGGAGGAGGAGAUGUUCCGCAACAUGCUGCGCCGCCUCAACCACAUCAUCACGCUGGCCAAGGACGCCGACGUGCGCGUCAUGGUGGACGCCGAGCAGACCUACUUCCAGCCCGCCAUCUCCCGCAUCUGCCUCGAGAUGAUGAGGAGAUAUAACAAGGACAAGUUCGUGGUGUUCAACACGUACCAG